GGCAGCUUGGAAGCAGAUACAAAUAAGGCACGUACUCAUGUUUUCCUUGACACAUUGUCAAAUGGACAUGAUCUGUCAAGAGCUGGGAGGGUGGUUUUAGACUCGCCCUAAGAUUCUGAAAUUUUAGACUUUAAUCUGGAAGGCAAGUGUUCCAGAAAAUAAAUCUGUUGGUUUAAUUCGUUUCGUCAAGUGAUUAUUUGCAUCUUCCUUUCUUUGCUUCACAGGACAAAGAUUUCCUCGGUAAGAAAACAAAUGGAAAUGUUCCCUUGCUUUGGUUGGAUGGGUGUAGGAGCAGCAAGCAUCGCCGCCACACGGAAAACUCCAGUAACUUCUUGCCCCUUCCAGCCUCGGAUCACGAACGACUUCAAGCUGAAGAUGUUGAACCAUGCGAUGCAAGAAUUAUUAUUUUGGGCUCCUAUGGAAGACUCAUGUAAUUGCUGUCAAGAACACUGUCAGUUCAGCGGUUGUCAUCAUGCAAGCAAUUGGCCGCUGAUCUGCUUGCUCUUUGUACUACUAAAGGUGGCAUCAUACGGUGAAGCAGGGGAUAUGGAUCAGAAGCCGCAAUGGUGCGCGUGA